AUACAUUUUCCCACUCUUUUUUCUCCAUUCCUCUUUUCCCUUCUCACUUCCCAAUCACCAUUCCACCAAACAAACACCGCCGUUGCUCCGUGUCCGUACCUCCAAUUCUCGCUUCAUCCUCUCUCUCCGUUUUUCGCGGGGAUCACUUUUACGGGAUUAUUUUACAGAUUUGAAGCAUGUUAGAGCUUAUAUAUGGAUCGGAGAUGGCUAAUCUGAUGUAUACGUGUGUUUUGAUUGGAAAUGCUCCGUUUCUUGUGAUGCUAGAGCUGGAAGAAGCAUUGUACUGAUUAGCAAUUAUUUUGAGUUGAUUGGUUAUUCUUAUGUGAUUCUUCUGUCUCUGAAAGUAUCGAUGCUCCUAGUCCUAGAUAAGAACAUUAGGAUAAGGAAUACUAUAUUACAGAGUUAUAUGGAAUAAGAUGAUGAGGGAAUAUGCUGGUAUGAAGGGGAUAAACCUUGAAUUAUUGACGAAUAAGACGCUAUUCUUAAUGGAUUUUUCAUAUUCCAAAUCUCUUUUAAUAUUUGGGAUGUCUCAGUUUGCUUUUGAUAAUUGCAAUUGGAUGCAACUUGGAAAGGCGCCAUCUUUCAUAUUCGUUGUUCAGUUAUGCUGUGAAUCCAAGUCCGAAGGAUUUGUGUUUAUCUCUUCAGUAAGAGCUACUAUAAAGUCUCUAUUGAUGGUCCGCCAAACAUGACUUUGAUGGAAUCACUUCUCUUGAAAUUUGGUUAUUCAUUCAUCUCAAAUUUGUUUAGAAUUUCUAGUCCUAAUUUUAUUUGCUUAUAUGAUGAAUGAAAAUUUUCUCAUAUGAGGGGUUACUUUAAUUUCCGUUGCCUUUGUUGUUUAUGUGAUUAUCUCUUAAGCAGGCACUUAUCUAUAAGGUGCCUCAACGAUCUUGAUUGCAUUGCACUCUUUCAGAGAACCGUUUUUUUUUCUUGUAAUAAUAUGGUAAUGAUUAUACCUUCAGUCUUGAUAUAGAAAUUAGUCAUCAUCCAAGUCAGAAAUUGUUAAUGUCUAUUGCUUGAAAUAGUCAUGGGGGCUUAAGCCAUACCAUUUUGAUAUUAAACAUUUCAAAGGCACAAGAGGAUAUGGAUUAAUUUUAAAAAGUGAGAUCUUUUAAAAUUCUUCGUGCAUUAUUUUUUUUCCUUCCCUAUUUCUGCAACGGAAAUUCCAUAUCUCCCAGGUACACGGCCAUCUUCCUGCUUUCUUUCCUCUAUGUUUUUGGUUGAUUUCUGCUUGUGUUUAAGAAGAAUCUCUCCACAUUCUGUAGCUUCACUUAUAUUCAAUUACUAUUUCAAAGAGUAAAUAUGCUUUCAUCACCUUUCUGCCUCAUCCUUACUCCUUCUUGAUUUGACGCCGUGAGAAAAUUUAUCUAGUAGCAAAAUCAGGAUCAAGUCUGCUUGGAGCUGUUAUUGUAUCUUAUCUACUCUUCAGUUUUGUGUAUCACCAUUGUCAAAUAAUAUCUCUGGAAUGCUCACUCUGUUCUCACUAUAAAUAGGUUCUGGAAAAGAUACUCUAUUUUUGUCUUUAUUUAUAUGAUUUCCUAAUAAUCAUAGAUAUGGAUGCUGUAAGAGGCCAAGGCAUGUAUCCUUUGCACCGUUGCAAGACUAUCCACUUGGUGAGACAUGCCCAAGGUUUCCAUAAUGUGGCUGGAGAAAAGGACCACAGUGCAUACAUGUCCCCAGAGCUUUUUGAUGCAGCACUAACCCCACUUGGCUGGCAACAGGUAGACAAUCUGCGGAAGCAUGUUCAUUCCACAGGUCUUUCAAAGAAGAUUGAAUUAGUAGUUGUUUCCCCUUUAUUAAGGACUAUGCAAACAGCUGUUGGGGUUUUUGGUGGAGCCGGCUUUGAUGAUGGCAUCAAUGCAGCUCCUCUAAUGACAGAAAAUACUGGGAAGAGUAAUCGUCCAGCAAUUUCAACUCUAAAUGCCCCGCCAUUUGUGGCAAUGGAACUUUGUCGAGAGCAUUUGGGAGUUCACUGGUGUGAUAAGAGAAGGAGCAUAACUGAGUACAAGCCUCUUUUUCCUGCUAUUGAUUUUUCAUUGAUAGAAACUGAUGAAGACACUCUCUGGACUCUGGAUGUUAGAGAAGCUGAUGAAGACCUAGCUGAGAGGGGCCAAAAGUUCUUGAACUGGUUGUGGACGCGAGAGGAGUCUGAGAUAGCCGUUGUAACUCACAGUGGAUUCUUGAUUCAUACCCUUUCUGCAUUUGGAUAUGACUGCCAGCCUCCUGUGAAGGAAGAGAUCUGCAAACCAUUCAACAAUUGUGAACUUCGAUCGAUGGUGUUUGUGGAUAGAAGCAUGGCCGCUACAGGUUCCUCAAAAACUAAUUUCCCAGGCAAAAUUCCAGACGGAAUGGACGCUCCUAGCGAAGAGGCUGUCGAGAAAAACUGAUGGUUGCUCCACAUAAUUGUUUAGGAUUGAAAGGAAAAUUGACUGUGAUUUUUCCUGAACACAGUUGAAGUUAUUCAGUGAGGUAGAUUCAUUCAUCCCCUUUUACAUCAGGGGAAGUAUUAUUCUGGUUCAUAUUGAAGUAGCUUAAGUUAUUUAAACUCGUAUCAUGACAUAUUUUUUUAUGGUUAAGACAGGCGUUAGAAGAAAAUCUUUAUUUUGUUAUCAUUUUACAUUAAUAUCGAUGAGUAUAUUUUGAGUACAUUGUUAUGAAAGUCCAGACAAAAGUUUCUAUAAAUACAUGGGUUAAUGAUUGAAUUUAUCCUGAA